CUGAACCGCUAUGAAAGAACUUUAUCGGGGUCAUAGCGACAUACGCCGAUAAUAGAGUUCGACACCACUGCGAGUCACAGAUAAGAGUCUUAGCAAUUCCAUGAUGUCAAGUCAGGGAGGGAAAACUCCUUAUCAGGGAGACGAAAGAUGCUUUGGGGAAUUUCGUUGUCCGGAAUGCAACAGAACUUGGAUGAGUGCAAAUAGCUGGGCAAAUACGGCACAGAAAUGCCAAAACUGCAUGAUUGACGUCUACCCGUAUAAACAGUCGGCUCUCCAGCGAUCCGGCUUGGAAAACACUAUAUCUAAGGAAGUGAGACAUCCUCAACAUCUCUGUGAAAAGUGCAGACGGCUAGGAAGGCCAUGCACGGAUAGAUAUUAAAUUAGUUUUGAUUUUUUAAAGGACUGAGAUUCUUCAUAUAACAGAUAUUCAUAUAAUGUCUUAUUAUAACUUGGAGUAAACCUUCCUCUAAUCGUGCACGUACCCAUGCCACAGGCAGUUAUUUAGUAGUCAAUACUCGCGUCAUAUCAAAUGGUCAUUCAGACCAAUUUAUCUCAAUUUGUGAAGCGUGUUUGUAAUCCCUAUUUCUCUUCACUUUUGAUUGGUAACAUACAUCACGCCUUCAUAUUGUGAAAAAUUUCAAUAAUAGAAAAUU